AUGGACGACAGCGGCGAGGACGGCGUGCCCCCCCGCGGAACCGUCGGCGAUGUCCUGCCGGGACCACUUCUCGGCCCCGUCAUGGGGCUGGCCUUCUCGACAGGCGGCGACCUCCUCUUCUCUUGCAGCGGCUCCUCUCUCCGCGUCUACGACGUCCGCUCCGGUGCUCCGCUCUCUGCCACGAGGGUCUUCAGCCCUGGGGUCACGGUGCACGGCAUUGACGUUGGCCGAGAAUCUUUCGGCGCGAUCUUCGGAGACAAGUGUGUGCGCAUCGUCGACGGGGUGCCCACGCGUGCCGGCGACACCGCGACUUGCUCGUGGUUUCGAGGCGUGGCCAGCCUUCCCGAGUUGGGGGAUCGAGUGUGGGACGCUCGGCUCAUCGGCAAGUCAGGAAAAGGGACGGGAGAAGGAGGAGCAAAGGAAGCAAAGGGAAGGACGGGGGGAAUCGGGAGGGGCGCCGUCGGGGGCGUGAGGAGGAUAGGGGCGGUGCCUCGCCAAGGCGCGAGGAAGGAAGUUGACGGAGGGAGGCGGCGGGGGGAGCGCGCCGGCGUGGGAAUGGUGGCGGUAGCGUUGGCUCACAAUUCUGUGGAGGUGUGGGACUGGGCAGGCCAGGCGCGCCCGCUGAGGAUUCACCAAGCUCAAGGCGGGGACCCGUGCCUGCUGUACCACGCCCGUCUGUGGGGGAGGGCGCUGGGUGAGCUGAGGGUCGCAGCCGGCACCGCUUUCAAUCAGGUGUUGGUGUGGUGCCCGAGUCAAGCUAAAAAUUUCGGCCCAGAGGGGGUGCACAGAAAGGGCGGUGAAGGGCAUGGCACCGUAGGCCAAGGUGAUGGGAAACCGGGAGAUCCAGAGGGGGUUCCGCCGUGUCUACCAGGGGGGGGGGUCGACCUGCUGCGGCUGAAGGGGCACGAGGGCGUCAUUUUCAGAGUCGCGUGGCGCGAGGACGGGACGCGACUGGUCUCGGCGUCGGACGACCGCACCGUCCGCGUUUGGGACGUGGAACGCCGCUGUGAGGGCGGGAGCGGCGGCAGCGGCGGGAGCGGCGAGAACAGCGGAGAAGGCAACGGCAAGGAGGAGGAGGAGGAGGAGGAGGAGGAGGAGGAGGGCAAGACAGCAGCGAGGGAGGAGGAGGGACGUGAUGGUGGGGGAAGGCUUGUUUGGACGGGCUGGGGACACACCUCGAGGGUGUGGGACGUUGGCUUCGCCAGCCUCGGUAUUGUCUCGUGCGGAGAGGACGGCACGGCGAUCCUUUGGCGAGAAAAGCGUGACUUUGGAGGAGACCACUCCGCCGCCAUCGCCCCCUACAACGCAACAGCGCCACAUGUAGGACCACCAUCGACGACGACGACGACAACAACGUUACAAGCAGCAUCAAUAGCAACAGCGACAGCGACAGCAACAGCAACAGCAACAGCAACAACAUCAGCCCUUGCCACCCUCCGAAAACGCCGACAAGGGCAGCUGGUGCCGGUAGCGACCCUUCGCGGCCACAGCGGCGCCAGCGUCUGGAGACUAGCUGUGCACGACUUCCCCCCCCACUCGGCGGCCACAAGCGGCUGCGGCGGCGGCAGCAGCGCUGGCGCUUUUGCCGGCGGUGGCUUUGGACACGAAUCGGGGAGGGCGCUGACCCUUCUGGCGACGGGAGGGAAUGACGCGGUGUGUAAGCUGUGGGACCUCGGGUUCGAGGCUUCCUGCGAAAAGGGGGGAACAAGGCACGACGCGCUUUGGGGUGAGACGCCGACAGUACCCGCCGACCGCCACGCCGCAGCCGUACUCACCCCCCAGGCUGGCGGAGAAGGGAAAGGAGCUGCCGCCGCCACCGUAAAAGCGCACGAAGACGGACGUCUUCUUUCGGCGGCGGCGGUGGCGGCGAGUGCACCCGUCCUUCCCGCCGACAAGACCGAAUUCCAGCACAGAUCAGCGGCAGCGGCGGCGGCGGCUGUUGCUACGGCGACCGGUGAGCGGGGCAGCAACAAGCCUACGGAGCAGAGCACGGACGCACCGCCCCCCCGGCCGCCGCCGCCGCCGCCGCUGCCGCCGCCGCCGGCAUCAAAGAACCAGAUGCGGGUCGAGGAGGAUCGGGCCUCCUCAAGGCGGCGGCGACGGGGACGGGGAGAACGACAGAAGCCGGCGGUAGUCGUUCGAGAGAUAAGGCUGGCGCGGGGUGGGUCGGCGGCGGCGGCGGCGGCGGCGUUGCUUCUUGGGGAUGGGAGCGUCUGGUGGGUGUCCGACCUCGCCGUCGGCUCCUGGCAGGAGGUGACGACGGCGGCCAAGGGCGGGAUGCUGCUGCCGGCAGCCGAGGGUGUCCUGCCGAGUGAUGGCGUGUCGGCGAUCGCCGUGGUGGGGGGGCGGCGGCGGCGACUACCGGGACAGCGUAGCAGUCCCUCCGAGGCAACCACGACAACAACUGACGGCAGCAGCGCCGCGGGCGACGGUGGUGGCGGUGUCGCGGGAAGAGAGCACGGCGGCCGCAAAGCCGGCGGAGACGCGACGAAUUCCGACGACCACGACUGUCCCGUUUUCGGCGGCGGUGGUAGGGAUGAAACGACCGUCGUUGUUGCCGGUCGCGACGACGGCUGGAUGUUUUUGCUUACCCGGCCCCCGCCGACUGAAGCUGCAUCCUCAUCAGGAGGAGAACCCAACCACGCUCCCGACCGUGCCACCGAUCACGGGGAGGACAAGGUCGGUAGGGGCGGCUCAUCCUCGACCGGCCCCUGGCGCGUGGGCGCGGCUUGGCGAGGCCACCGCUCUCGUGUCACCGCCAUCUGGGCAGUGGGUGACGCCGACCACGACAGCGGCGGCAGUAGAUCCACAAGUACGCCCAUAGGAAGGGAAGGGGCAGGAGGAGGAGGAGGAGGAAGGUGCCAGGGCUUUUUCACGGCUGCCUUGGACACGUCCAGGUUGCACACCUCGCCUGGCGCCGGCAGCGGAGGGAAGUGCAGCGGUAUUUUUAGCGGGGCGCUUGUUUCGGUCGGAUCCGACGGGACGGUGGCGUGGUGGGAGUGGGGGGGGGAGGGGGGUCGUGCCGACGAGGCCGGGAGGAGCGAGGUCGACGAGAGGGAGCACGCCGCCGGUGGUUCGGAGCCUCGGAGCGGGGGGAUGGGCAUACGCCCGCCUAAGCUUCGAAUGGUUUGCCGGGCCGAGCCCGGUGCCGCCGUCACCAGCGUCGCGAUCGACGACCGUCGGCGUCAGCUUUGCCGCCGCCGCCCUCGCCCGUCGUCCUUGCGGAAGAAGAACAGCAGUCGUCGAGGCCGCGACGAGAGUGUCGGCGGCAAAGCGAAGCUUGAGCCGAACACUUCCGACAACGACGCACGAGGCAAGAUCGGAAAAACGCCUCCUGCUGAGGUGGCCGCGGCGGCGAGAGCUGUCGUCUUUUGCGGGGACACUAAGGGCAACAUCCGCUGCUUUUUGGAGGAGGAGGAGGAGGAGGAGGAGGACCAGCCUUUGCCGUGUGUCGGGCUCGAUGGUGGCGGGGGGGAGGAGGACGGCGGGGGGGAGGCUGCGCUAGAGCGGGGGGCCGAGCCGAGCGCUUUGGGGCAGGGAGUCGCGCCGUGCUUGGUGCUCAAGCGGCAGCACGGCAAGGAUCAGGUGAACCAUUACUUCAUCUCCUACUGCUACCCGUUACCGUCCUCUCCGGACCCUGUCUCGCCGAGCUCCGAACGACGUCGUUGUGCAGCCUCUGGGGGGUGCGGGGUAGCCGCUUCCUCUACGCCGCCGGUGUCUGCGGUGGGGACAGAUGAUGGCGAUGAUGCUUCGCUGGAGAUCCAGCGGCAGCGGCGGCAUCGACUACGAGCGGCGUGUGGUGAUGAUGAUAGGUCGACGGCAUCGUCACCAUCGGCACCAGCAGCAGCAACAGCAGCACCAGCACCAGCACCAGCGGCACCAGCAGUGCCAUCACCAGCGGAGAGCGGGAACAGAGCAGUAUCAGCAGCACCAGCACCAGCACCAGCACCAGCACCAGCGGCGGCAGCUGGCCACUUUAUCGACAGCUGCUCCGCACCGGCGCCGUCGCGUUUUCCCCAGCCGCCGCCGCCUCCGCCGCCGCCACCCGUGAUGCUUUCGAUCGUCACCACGUACGCAACCGCUCCCGUAACCUCGGUCUCCGACCUGUGGGUGACCAGCGACGGAGGAGGCUCCUGCGGCGACGGCGUGGCUCGCAACGGGCAGGGGGGCCGUGGGGCGAGAAUUGGGGCGGGGGUUGGGGGGGGCGUUCGCCUUGCGGUGGCCGGGAGGUCCGGUUCAUCUCGAAUGUCGGUCUGGGACAUCGCGGAAGGUCGCCAACUACUCGAGGUGUGGAGGGUUGUACAGGUUAAGAUUGUUGGCGGUUUUGAGCUCGAGUGCGGAGACCGGAACCUCGCCCAAGACCUGUUCUUGGUCUGGCCCAGGAGUGCGACCGGCUUCCCGGGGUCCGACGCGCCAUUCCGGAGGCGGGCGGAUCACGUUUCCGCGACGACGGCUGUGCCGCUGCCGAACCUUACCGACGAGGCCAUCGACCUCGACACGCACGAGAAUGGUACCAUCGCCGCCGCUGCCGUAGAGCUACCGCGGGGUGGUGCUGCUGGUGUGCUGGAGCACAGCAACAGCUGCAGCGACGGUCCCACCAGGAGCGGAAUCGUCAGCGGCGGGGGGUGGGCGUGGCGCUAG